AUGGUUUGGGUGAAACGGCAAAUGGACCAACCUCGCCUGCAUUGCCCGAGCAUCCGGGCAGACAAGGCUUCUAUCUCCCGGGCACUGAAGAAUGGCGAUUCCGUGGGCCUCUUCCCAGGUGGCAUUGCCGAGAUGGUUCGCACCGAUGCGAACACGGAGCGCCUCCUUCUCAACUCUCGGAAGGGAGUGGUGAAGAUUGCGAUGGAGCACAAGGUUCCGUUGGUGCCCGUCUACGUUUUCGGCCAGAGUGUACUCUGGAGUCGCAGCCUAGGUCCUCAACUCUACCAGCCUCAAGAUUCCAAGCCACAACUCAGAAUCCCGGGUGCGCCUGAGAUCUCCAAAGGGGAGCCUGUGGGCUGA